GAUAAUAAAUAAUAAUAAAAUUGUUUAACUGCCCACCUGCACAAAAAUACUGUGACUAUCUUUUGAUAGAAAAUUAUAAGCCUUCAGUAAAGAGUGUUUUGCAUUCGAAAAGAAUUAUUAUAGUUCUUUUAGAUUUUUCUUCACACACACAAAAGUCUUAAACAUGUUUGCCUUAUGGUAUCUUUCAUUAGCGCUCGACGAAAUUCGAAAACGUCUUGGUUGGACGUCAAUUUUCGAUAUAUUCAAGAGCAAUAAAAUAGCAACCGACAGAGCUAUUGAACAAAAGCCAGAACCCAUUAAAGUGCCUACACCAAAGACACCAGAACCAGCCAAACCAGCACCAGUUGUGCAACCAGAAGCCAAGCCAACGCCACCACCAAAGCCUGCUCCAAAACCCGAUCCACCAAAACCUAAAGCUGAAUCACCAUCAGCUCCUCCAACUGCGGAGCCUAUUAAAAAUGUCACACCAAAGAUCUCAUCAGCUGAAAGUAUGGAUAGAAAAAUUUUCGGAGCAUCAAAGAAUCUCGAAAACGGCGAAAGCAAACCUAAAGCAAAUAUUAAAGAGGCUACAAGUUCAUUCCUUGAGGGUGAAGGACAGGCUCCUCCAACAUUCACACAAACAAAAACUAUGACUUUAAGAAACAAAUCAGACACUAUGGUUGACGCCGCUGUUCUACAAAAAUUGGAAGAUGGAUUCGCCAAAUUGGCUGCAUCCGACUCAAAGUCCUUGCUGAAGAAGUACUUGACCAAGGAGGUCUUCGAUAAUCUAAAGAACAAGAAGACCCCAUCAUUCGGCUCCACUUUGUUGGAUGUCAUCCAAUCUGGUUUGGAGAACCAUGAUUCCGGUGUCGGUAUCUAUGCUCCCGAUGCUGAAGCCUAUUCAGUAUUCUCUGAACUCUUCGAUCCCAUCAUUGAAGACUACCAUGGUGGAUUCAAGAAGACAGACAAGCAUCCAGCUCGUGAUUUCGGUGAUGUGAGCACAUUCACCAAUGUCGAUCCCAACAAUGAAUUUGUUGUAUCAACCCGUGUCCGUUGCGGUCGCUCCCUGCAAGGUUACCCAUUCAACCCAUGCUUGUCCGAGGCCCAAUACAAGGAAAUGGAAGAGAAGGUUUCCAGCACCUUGUCCGGCUUGGAAGGUGAAUUGAAGGGUAAAUUCUACCCAUUGACUGGCAUGGAGAAGGCCGUUCAACAGCAACUCAUCGAUGAUCAUUUCUUGUUCAAGGAGGGUGAUCGUUUCUUGCAAGCUGCCAAUGCCUGCCGUUACUGGCCAUCUGGUCGUGGUAUCUACCACAAUGACAACAAAACUUUCUUGGUCUGGUGCAAUGAGGAGGAUCAUCUCCGUAUUAUCUCCAUGCAAAUGGGUGGUGAUUUGGGUGAGGUCUACCGUCGUUUGGUAUCAGCUGUCAAUGAGAUUGAGAAGCGUAUUCCAUUCAGUCACGAUGACCGUUUGGGUUUCUUGACCUUCUGCCCAACCAACUUGGGAACCACCAUCCGUGCUUCCGUGCACAUUAAGGUACCAAAAUUGGCCGCCAACAAGGCUAAGUUGGAAGAAGUCGCUAGCAAGUACAACUUGCAAGUGCGCGGAACCCGUGGUGAGCACACCGAAGCCGAAGGUGGCAUCUAUGACAUCUCAAACAAGCGUCGUAUGGGUCUUACCGAAUACCAAGCUGUUAAGGAAAUGUACGAUGGUAUCACCGAGCUCAUCAAAUUGGAGAAGAGCUUGUAAGGAGGAUAUCCUUAGCGCAUUUUUUUCCUAUUCUUUACAUUUUUUAAUUUAUGUAUUAUGAGCGAUGGAAAACUAAACAAAGAAAACAAAAAAAAAGAACAACAGCUAAUGUGUGAAAACCAUCUAACAUUUAAAAACUAAAACAAAAAUAUAAAUUUUUAAUUUUAAGCCUUAAGUUUAUAAAUAAAAAAAUAAAAAAAAAAAAACAAAAAACAAUUUUAAGAAAGAAAAUCUAUAGAUGCGUGAUUUAAAAAAUCAAAUCAACAAUCCACCAAAAAAGUAUUUAAAAACAAGAAAGAAGCAUCAGUUCCACUUGUGCUCUGGAAGCACCAUCUAACUUAGGCCUGGUGGGAUUGUCAUGAUGAUGAACAAACAACAAGCAUUGUAUAACAAAUUUUAGAACAUCCAAAAAAUAAUUGUUAUGGAAUAUUAAUAAAAGAAAAAUAAACGUGAAACGAAAUAAUACAAUUUUUAA